CGAGCGGGAAAGCCUUCUGUACAGCCCAGCCCCAGCAGCCCCAGCGUACGCCCUGCGUCGAUGGUCUUAUCUCCCUCCCUCCAUCCCUCCAUCCUCCCUCCAUCGCUCGACUAACGGCCUCGCCCCGUGCCAUUUGCACAAGCGAAUCGCGAGGUCUGCCGAUCCCCAUCUGUCCUUGCACUUGUGGUCGGUAAUGUUCGCUUCUUCUGGAGUUCACCGCGUUGUAAAUCCGUCCACGAACGCGGAAGAUCUGCCGGCGAAUCGAACAGUGGGAAUCGAAAGAAAUCAAAAGAGUCUUCAUCUUCUUCUUCUUCAUCUUCCCUUCGUUCUUUCAGGCAUUUGAAAACGACGGAGGGAGAAGUGCGAGAAAUUGUGCGAUUUGUGCAAGUGAAGAAGAGUUAAGUUAUAGAAUUGAGGAUCGGAGUCUGAUGAUCUGAACUAGAGCUGAGUGAGUGAGAUUAGUAGGAAUUGAAAUGGCUGAGAGUAAUGGUGCGGCUGAAAGCGUGAGUGAUUUGUCUGGUGCGGGAGAAAUGCAGACAGGUCGAAUUUCUUUCGGAUUUGCCAAAGUCAAAGGUCCGAGGAAGGAUCAGAUUGAGGACUUUCAUGUUGCACGUAUGCACGAAAUUGAUGGUCAAGAAAUUGGUUUGUUUGCUGUGAUGGAUGGACACGCAGGUCCUGACGUCGCUGAAUAUCUGACUGAUAAUUUGUUCGAUGUGAUAACUAGACAUCCGAAUUUUCUUAAAGACCCGAAGAAUGCUAUAAUUGAGGCGUACCAUGAAACUGACGAGAGGAUUCUUGGCAUGGGCAACACGAAUAUGAAAUGGCGCGUAGGUUCGACGGCAACCACGGCCUUGCUGCUGGACAAUGGACAGCAUCUGAUUGUGGCGAAUGUCGGAGACUCUCGUGCUGUGCUCUCUCGGGGAGGUCUGGCAAUCGAUCUCUCGGUCGAUCACGAGCCUCAAAAACCCGAGGAGCGACAAAUGGUCGAAUCGAAAGGAGGAACCGUCUCCCGGUCCAUAGCGAGCGGAGUAUACAGGGUAGAUCAUAGAUUGGCAAUGUCUCGAGCUUUCGGCGAUUAUGACCUGAAAAAUCACCUCUCUGUGCAUCCCGACAUUUGGGACGAGCAGCUGACCGAGGACGAUGAGUUCUUUGUUAUCGCCAGUGAUGGAGUGUGGCAUGUCAUGAGCAGUCAAGAGGUGGUGGACUAUGUACGAUCCACUCCCGGUGAUGCAGAGGAUGUUGCUCAAGCGGUGGUUGCCGCCGCAGUCGAGAGAAACAGCAAAGACGAUAUUGCGUGUCUCAUUGUUUUUCUAUGAUUCUCAGGGAGGCUUGUUCACUUACCAAUCUUUGGAGCAAUCGGGCCUUUGUCCAACUGGGCUUCCCACCUUUUGAAAUGUUAAUACAGGAUGUGUGUGACGGUUUAUUUGACAUAUUCAGAUGGGAGGAUUGUUAUCCAUGAUUUCAUAGGGAAAUGUUAAGGGUGCAUCUCAGACCUUCGACAUCCAGAAGAGACCAGACUUUGCGCCGCUGUUGGUUCGGCCGCCCACGGAUGUCCGAGAUUGACCGAUGUGCUUUGCAAAGGCAUGUGCGAGAAUUGCUCAGGAACGCCAUCGAUGUUGGUUGAUGGCUCUUCUGUCAACAGGUCAGGAGGCUUUGCGUCGAGGUGUGUUUCAACAGCUGGAUUAUGGAAGCAUGCAACUUCGAGUUUCGACAUCAGAUCUUCGUGGUUAUGAAUGUCGAAAACCAGUUCGGUCGUUGGCCGUCAUUUUAGGUCGUUGAGUAGGAAAGCAAUAUCAGGACGCACAUCUGCUCAUGAUGUUCAUGCUUCAAACUUGAGUAGUCGAUGGCUGAAUGAUCCUCGACGAUUUUGAGUUGAAAAUUCGUCAGUUUCAGAGACAUUGGGUGCCGAUUUGGGACUGGUUAUGCCUUCAGAUACCUCAAAUGACUUUUUGUACUAGAUACUGUAUGUCCGUGGAAACAGGAUCGAAGCAAGAUUCACACUAGGAUGUCAAUGAGAUGUUAAUCUAAGAGUUGAAGAGACACUCGGUACCUGUAUUCUCCUCCUGAGAAUAAAUGUCAGUGAGUGUUCAUGGCUCUUGGAUUAUCAUGAACAGCUCUUUGCAUCCUAGUUGGCCUUUCGUCUUCGAAGCUUGCAGAUUGCGUCAUUAUCAUCUGCUUCAUCUUGAAGGAUAUGCUGACCCUAAGAGAUGUGUUCAAGCUUUUCAAACUUUGAAAAUUUGGAAGAUUUUGUAUCAAUAAAUGUGAAUUUGACUUCAGG